UAGAUGAAUAGUUUUUAACCCUUUGAAUGCUGCGGACGUCAUUUGACGUCUUUGAUUUGCCGUGCCUACAGUGCUAUGGACGUCAUUUAGUUAUUUUGAUUUGCCGUGAAGUGCUGUGGCCGACAAUUGCAGUUUCCUGCGCACGUGUUCAUUUGUGGGUAAUUCAAGGCGGGGCUAGCGCUUGCUGAGUAGUGGGCGGUCUCUUUACGUCUGCGUUUAGAUGUUGUUAUUCACUCAUUGCCGAUGCUUGUCCCAACACGAAAACAUUGCGAUUUCUAUCAGUUUUACUUUAGUAUUGCAUCAUUUUUACAUCAGUAUCGUCCUAUUAGUUUUUAUAAAUAAUGGACGAGCAGCAACCGGGGCCUUCAAAAGCGUUACCAAGACCUAAGAAGGGGCAGUUUUAUACUGAAAAAGAGUUACUUGAAAUUCUUACUCGAAGCGACAGUGAAGACGAAUACAUAGAAAAUACGCAAAAUGCUUUAGAUUCCGAUGAAGAAAUGGACGUUGCUCAAGAGCCCGAAGACCAAACAUCGAAUAAUACCUACGAUUUUCUCUGGAAAAAAAAAGACCUUCUACCAAAAACAUUUGCAUUUGACUCGUCAGAGGUUGGUUGCACAAUUGAUGGGCUGACUGCUGAAAAUAAACCUUUGGAUUUUUGUAAAGUAUUUUUUACGGACAAUAUAGUAAAUCAUAUAGUUACGGAAACAAACAUAUUUUAUAUUUACGUUUGUGAACAUGUGGAAGUAUCCGCUAAGUCACGUUUGAAGAAAUGGAAAGAUACAGAUUUCAAUGAGAUGUGGUUAUUUUUUGGGAUUACAUAUCUGAUGCCUCGUGUAAAAAAAUUGCGCCUCAGUGAAUACUGGUCAACAAACACACUAUUAUCUACUCCAGCAUUUUCUGAGCUUAUGUCGCGUGACAGGUUUUUUCUGAUUUUGCGAAUGUUGCAUUUCUCGGACAACAAUCUGCCAAAAAACGGCGACAGUUUGGUCAAGAUUAGAGCAGUAAUAGACCACGUACGUGAUGCUUUCCGAAACGCUGUCAAGCCGCAUAAAGAAUUGUGCAUAGAUGAAAGCCUUUUGCUUUUCAAAGGCCGACUCUUUUUCAAACAGUACAUACCCUCGAAGAGACAUCGAUUUGGUGUAAAGUUUUUUGUUUUAUGCGACGCAGUGACUGGGUACAUUCUCGAUUUUGUUGUCUAUACUGGAGCAACAACUGACUUACAAACGAAUAAUUGUAAUUUGGGUAAAUCUGGCGAUGUGGUGCUAACGCUUUUGGCACGCUAUUUGGAUAAAGGUCAUACUUUGUAUUGUGACAAUUGGUAUACAAGCCCCAGUCUGUUUGUAUGGCUGUAUAAUAGAGCUACAAAUGCGUGUGGAACUGUGCGGAAAAAUAGAAAAUAUAUGCCGCAAAUGGCAGAAAAGCUUCAGAGAGGAGAAUGGAGUUUCCGAAGUGAUGACAAAUUGUUGUCGCUAAAAUAUUGUGAUAAACGAGAAGUAUACAUGCUUACGAGCUUACAUAACAACACCGGUAUGGAAACUGGUAAAAAAGAUCGCCUCACUGGGAGGACAAUUGUAAAACCCCAGUGUAUUGUUGCAUACAAUAAGUUUAUGGGUGCAGUAGACAAGACGGACAUGCUACUGAGUUCAGUAGAGUGCGUCCGAAAAACUGCGAAAUGGUACAAAAAAGUUUUCCUUCACCUUAUGGAUAUGGUUCUGCUCAAUGCAAACGUUUUGAAUAAUAUAGUAGCAAAAACUAAAACUUCGUUGGCAGAAUUUCAACUGACACUCAUCCAACAGAUAGUGGAAGAAAAUCACAAGGGGAAAAUGCGCACGUCAGCAGGUCGAAGAUCAGUCGACGACAAUCCAUUGCGGCUUACUUGUAGGCAUUUUCCGUCGCAUGUACCUCCCACAACAAGUAGGAAAGUUGGACUAAGAAAAUGUGUUGUGUGUGCCAAAAACAAAAAAAGAAAAGAAACAAGUUUUAUGUGCCGUGAGUGCAAUGUGCCUUUAUGUGUUGUGAAUUGUUUUGAAAGAUUUCACACCAUCAAACAUUUUUAGAAAGUAAGUUCUACAUAACAAAUGACUAUUUGGUUUUAUUUUUUGUUUUGGAUAAUUUUGUUUUUCUUUUGUUAUGGAUAAUUUUGUUGUUUUUUUGUUAUGGAUAAUUUUUUUGUUUUUAUUUGUUUUGUUAACAUUUGUUUACAUUGAAUUUGAAUGCAAAAAUAUGUGCAAUAAUUUUUUAAUUUGUUUUAUCUAUCUUUCUAUCCUAAGUUUUUCUAAACAAUAGCGUUUUUGUAUUUUUUUGUAAAAUUUAUUUUGUUUCAAAAAAAAAUAAAAAAAAUUAUAAAUAAUUACCCAAUUAUUUUGUUUAUAUAAAACAACGUUAUAAAGAAUCAUUUAGUCGCAUUAUUUAGCGCGAAAGCGGCCGACCGUUUUGACGUCAGAAAUAGCCGCACUGGGGCAUGAGUAUCGCCGGAGAGAGAGCCGCAUCGAAAGGGUUAAGGUAUCCGCAAAUAAUCGUCCGA